ACAGAGUCUUCAAAUUUUUACUCUCUCUGAAAGGGAACACACAUCUGACAACUCCUGUCAUCACUCAGAGCACAUUGACAUCCUGUGUUACAUUUCGUGACGUGAAUUAUGACGUCCCUUAUCGGACUAUGUUCUCAAGAGGAUGGAGCAGUUAACGCAGACCAUCACUGAGGACUAAAGAGAGACAUCAUCUUAUAACACCAUCACCUGUCUUCUUCUUCAAACCACUCUCCAGCUUCAGCCAUCACCAACCACCUUCACAAAUUCUCCUCCACACCACCGCCUCAAUAUCCCACCAGGAAUCCCUGCUGCAGGAACAGGGACGCAGAGGUCACAACACAAGUGUUUGUGGACUCCUCAAGUCAGGGAUGAGGGGGUCGCUGUGCUGAGGGAUAGCGCACAGAUCUCUAUCUCACAUUUAAGUAUGGUGUUCAUUGAUCCCCACUGCAUUGUAUUAUAAUGCACAAAUGGAUGCUGACAUGGAACCUUCAAAAUCUGUUCUCGGGACUGUACCUGCAUGCAAUCUUCUUGUUCGGCAGUGUGUGUGUGGUCUACAGUGACUGCACUCCAGAGCAACUUGCCGCCAUCAUGAACUGCUCCAAACACGAGCGCCACACCAGAAACUACGACUACAUGGAGGGAGGAGAUGUGCGCAUCAGACAGCUGUUCAGCCGCACACAGUGGUUCCUAACAAUUGAUGAUUUCGGCAACAUCAACGGGACUCAAGAUCCCACCAACUGCCACAGUAUCCUGGAGAUCAGGACAGUGUCUGAGGGGGGAGUACUGGCUAUCAAAGGUGUGAAGAGCCAGUAUUAUAUCUCUAUGAACAAGGCUGGUCAGCUGCAAGGCAAGAGGAUCUACAAUGAAAACUGCAACUUCAAGGAGGUUUUCCUAGAAAACUACUUCAACGCUUACUCCUCUGCAAGGUGGACUAAAAAUGGCAAGGAAAUGUUCAUAGCCCUGUCGCAGAAGGGAAAGCCGAUGCGAGGGAAGAAGACCAGGAGGGAGCAUGUAGCAUCUCACUUCAUCCCUAUGAAGUGCAGGGAGGAGGAGAGGAGGGUGGACUGAAAAAGCAGAGGACUAAUGAGUCGCAAAUUGUGUAUGAUUUCAAUCACAUAUUAUAUAUGUUAACAGACACAUGUAAACUCAUUACCAUCAUCACGCUCCACUCUCCUCCAGUUGUAGAUGAGUUAUAUAAUGUCCUAUAAUAUCUUGUAAUUUUUCAUAAGCUAAAGCAACAGAUAUCAGAUGGGCACAUUAAACUAUUCCAAACUAUCUCAAAAAAGAUGUUGAAACAAGAAAAUAUUUGAAAUAGCUUCAACUGGUACACAAACUGUAAAACUACGAAGGCCUACUCAAUGUUAUCGUUAUUUUGAGUUAAAUAUAAUAUUUCUUAUAAAACAGUAAAGUGUUUUCUUAUAAAACAGUAAAUUGUAUGACACACAGUCGGGGCUGUAUCUUUUUCCAAAGAUGAUCUACAGCCAGCCAGAUGAAGAGACCUGUAUGAUCAACAGAAAGGUCCAGAAUGGAGAUUUGGCUUGACCAAGAUGUGCUGAAGCAAGCUGGACUUGUCUUUUUUUACUGGUACAAGUGCUCAGAGUACACAAAAAAGAGGCACGAUAAACUACAAUAGCAUGUUCAGUAAAAUGAGAGUGUGCAGGACGAUCUGUUUGUGAAUGAUCCGUCUGUCCUUCCUGCAUUGAAGACCGGACUCUGGUCAAAUGCAUUGGAGCUGCUCAUUAAUUCCCUCUUUAUUAUCAAGUUGUGAUUUUGAAAUGCUAAAAUAUUCUGCU